UUUUGUGCGUGGUCUUGCAAAUAUUUAUGUUUUGCAAAUAUCGUUCAGCAUCCGAUGAUAAAAAAGAUACCUUUGAACUGUAGUGUCACGCAACUGAUCUGUGAUAUUUUUGUGAGACCCUGUCUGAUACUUUAUAAUGCGAGAUAGUGCAUCAUGACUGAUUCCAUGAAAUUUGGUCCAGAAUGGUUGCGCAAGGUUGCGUCAGGCGACAGUUGCAAUACUGGCAGUGGUGGCGGAGGAACCACAGCUCUGAGUACACCUCGCUAUCAACUAGCAGAGUAUAGAUACGGCCGGGAAGAGAUGUUGGCUUUGUUUGAUCGCAGCUGUAAACCUUUGGAGCCAUUAACAACCUUUCCAAUGCUGUAUGUUGAGAAAACUCAGUUUCCACUGGCUCUCAUAACCAUGACAGAAGAUGAAACGCGUAUGUGGAAUGGAGGAAUAACUAAUAUUAGUAGUAGCCGUGGAAGAGGUGGCAGCGCAGAGCGUGGUCGUGGUCGAACUGGAAGAGGAAGCUUGUAUUCGUCUCAUUAUUCAACUCGCGGAGUUGGUUUUGAUGACUCCGGUGAUGGGAUACGAAUUGAAGGCCAAUCAUUCCAGGGAAGAAACAGACCAUUUGAUAGAUCUCAAAGCGAGCGCGGUUGGUCAGAAAGAAACGGCGCUUCAGAUCCAGGAGAAUGGAAUGGGUCGACUAGUCCUAGAAAAGAGCUAAAUCGUGGGACUAGUGGUAGUUCGCUUAUGGAGAGUAAUUGGAGACGUCAUCGUGCAAGUGGAGAGGAUGAAGAUAGUUGGCGCAAGUGGGGACGAAGUAGUUGGCGUGAGGGUGGUAGCAUGGAUCGAGACAGAUUGGAUAGAAACGAGGGUGAUGGAGACGAGGGUAGAAGCGGACCGGGAAGAUGGGAGCAUCGCGGAAAUCAUAGACCCUCCCACGAUUCAAGUCAUCAUCCUCCACCUCGUACCGCUCGCACUUGGGAAUCAAAUCAUCACGAUAAUCAUGACAAUCUACCUGAAUGGGCAACGGAGAAUCCAGCUGAGAGUGGCAGUUUUGAUUCUUCAGGAGCAUUUCAUGGUGGAAUGUAUUCGGAUGAUGAUGAAGAAGGUGCGGGAGGUGCUUCCCAACAGGGUAGAACUCGACGCGUGUCGGAGGGAAGUGCUUCGAACGUAGCGAGACCUAGUAGCAAGCCGUUAGCUUUUGGAACGGGUUCCGUUCAAUCCUUGAAUCGCCAUGCAAAUAAUACUAUAGCCAAUACAUUAAACAAGGAACGUCCAAAACCAUUGGAUUCGCUUGAAGAUAAGGAUGAUUCUAUAGAAAAAGAGAGGAGAUGUAACUCACCUUCCAUUAAGUCGACCACCGUACCGUCGACUGAGAGCAUUCCCACUAAAACUUCAGCGUCAUCCUCAGAUCUCUUGCAAAAGAAGACUAUCGGACCUGCAAAUGUGGAUAAAGUUGAGACUUUAAGUAAGAAACCUAGUGAACCUCCGAGCGGAGCUCAUGAUAAGGAGAGCGUACAGACAGAGAUCAAAACAGAUCCGCCGAUAACUGCUGUGACCAAUCAACCGGUCCCCCUAGAGCAUCCAAAGCUCGUACAUAACACAGGAACCGCUAAUGUUAGGCAGAGAACAGAAGAUGAUCUAGAUAGAAUGAAGGAGGAAGCCGCCGCUCUGGUGGCCAAAUUAAUGGCAGAUGAGGAGAAUCACAAGGAGAAGACAGUCCCUCCUAGUGUCCCGCCUGCAAUUGGUAACCAACCUUCCACGGUUUCCUCCACGGGUAGUCAGGAAAAAUGGUUUUACCGUGAUCCGCAGGGUGAAGUUCAGGGACCGUUUUUAGCUAGCGAAAUGGCUGAAUGGUGCAAAGCUGGUUAUUUUACUACAGGAUUGUUGGUGAGAAGAACUUGUGAUGAAAGGUACGCCACGCUUGGUGAUUUGAUCAAAAUGUUUGGAAGAGUACCAUUUACGCCUGGUCCACCAAUACCUCCAUUAAAGUUAGUAGAUCAGGUGAUUUCACCUGUUCCUAAUCCCACCGUACCGGCUGGACUAGUCCCUGGUGCUAUGCCAAAGGCUGGAUUAGAAGAUCCAUUGCUGUUGAUGACAUAUCAGCAGAUGCAGAUGUUGCACAAUCAGAUGCUAUUCAGGCAGAUGAGAACGUCAGCGAUAGCGAAAUUGUCGCAGUCGGAACACUGGUCUACGCUGACUCCUGUAGAACAGAAUCAAUUGAUUUUACAGUAUGUCAUACAAGACGGAAUGCAGGAAGUUCCGGAAGUGCCAAUACCGACAAAUCCGUUUGUGCCUCACCUAGCGUCUCAGACGGCUAAUCCUGUUAUGCAACUGUUCACUCAAAUGCAACAAGCAAAAACACAAGCUGAGACUCACUUACCAACGAAUCCACAUACGACCGCGUCGGCUCAUCCGACAGCGGUGGAUCCUAUACAGCAACUUAUUCAACAAAUGGGUGGUAUGCAGAACUUGCAACCUACUAUACAGCAACCAAAUAUUGCUCCAGCUCCCACGCCGACACAGGAAGAUAAUCCAAUAAAGUCUUUGCUACGUCAGUUGAAUGUCAACACAAACGGCCAUCCACAGGCAGCAACUCACAUGGACACCGUUUGGCCGCAACCCCCGCCACAAAUGGUUCCCCAGUUUAAUGCGCAGAAUUGGUUAGCGCAGGUUGGCCCCAUUCCUGCGAUGCCACCGGGACAAUUACCUGGUUCUCUAUGGGAUAUACAUACUAAAGAUAUGAAAACCGAGCAGCAGAUAUUGGAAGAACAGAAUCUUAAAUUACAAGAAGAUAGAAAGAAGGAAGAAUUAAGAAAGCAAGAAGAAUUGCAGCGUCAAGUGGAAGAGGAGAAUGUAAAGAGGAAGUUAAAAGAAGAACAAGCUAGACAAGUUGAGGAAGCAAAACGUAAAGAUGAGGAAAGAAAGAGAAAGGAAGAGGAAAAGAAACGAAAAGAGGAGGAGAAACGGAAGCAAGAAGAAGAGCUAAAGAAGAAAGAAGAGAAAAAACGUAAGGAAGAGGAGAAAAAGCGUGAGGAAAAGAGAAAGCAAGAGGAGGAUUUAAAGAAGAGGCAGGAAGAAGAAAAGAGAAAGCGAGAAGAGUUGUUUAAAAAACAAGAAGAAAAACUGAAGAAAGAAGAGGAAAAAAAGAAAAAAUUAGAAGAAGAACAAAAACGGCAGGAAGAGGACAGACUCAGGAAAGAGGCGGAGGCACGACGGCAAGCGGAAAUAGAAGAGCAGGCUCGUCGCGCGGACCAACGGCGAAGGGAAGCCGAGGCUUUACGUAAGCUUCAAGAGAGAAAUAAAUCCCCGUGGGCUCAGGCUCCACGCACAUUGGCUCCCGCCACUCAUCCCGCUUCGCUUGCUGAAAUCCAGAGACUCGAGAGAGAAAAGAAAAUGGAGGAACAACGGCUUCAGCAGUUGAUGCAACAACAAUUGGCACAACAAAAAGCAGUAGAACAGGCACAUGAGGCAUCGGCAAUCGACUCUUCAAAGCGAUUACAAUUCAAAUGGGCUGAAAAAGCUAUUGCUUCUAGUAAACCUCUCCAAGUGAAGAGCCUUGCGCAGAUUCAGCAAGAAGAGCAGGAGCGCGUCGAUAAAAUGAAGCAACAGGAAAGAGAGCGUCUGGAGAAAGCUGGCCAGAAAGAAUCCGCAAAUAUGCUGCAGAACGCUGGAAUAUGGGGUACGGCAUCGCAGUGCUUAAACUGGGCUAAUUCGAGCGCGUCGAGCAGUCAAGUAUGGUCCACGAAUUCCGGAACUACUGGUUUCUGGGAUCCUACACCCGUCAAGUCGUCCACCACUACAAAGCAGCCGGCUAAACAAACUGCAAUUGCAAAACCUAUCUCUAGCCAGCAACAACAGCAGCAACAACAGCAAAAUAGCAACAAUAAAGCGUCCAAAAAUAAAAAUAAGAGAGAGGAGGAGCUAGUAAAGAAAUUGUUUGAACAGAACACUGCCAAGACCGACGAAUUCACGCAAUGGUGUAAUAAAGCAUUGAGUGGUAUACAGGCGUCUGUGGACAUCCCUACGUUUGUUGGAUUCUUGCGAGACAUCGAAUCUGCGUAUGAAGUUAAGGAAUACGUUCGCGUUUAUCUUGGUGAUACCAAGCAGAGCACGGAAUUCGCAAAACAAUUCCUUGAAAAACGAAGCAAGUGGCGAUCGGCGCAACGUCCUCAGGCGCAAGCGGAUGACCUGUGCAAACCAGCACCUGCUGUUAAUCCAAAUGCUCCUGCAGAAUUUCAAGAAGUUAAGGGAAAAUCCAAGAAACCAAAGAAGGGAAAGAUGUUCAAAGUGGACAACAGAAUCCUUGGCUUCAGCGUAACCGCUGCUCCCGAUCGUAUUAACGUAGGUGAUCGCGAUUAUGGCGAAGGCGUCUGAGCUGUCUUUCACCAAUUUACCUCGUAGAAAUGAUGCGACGCUCGUUUCAUUAAACGGUUCGUUAUUUAUUUAUUGUACAUGCCAAACCGGUGCUGAGAAACCCACAUUGCGGGUACUUCUCUUAAAGCAUACGAAGAUUUUUUACAAUCCAACACACGAAGAAAGAAGCUCAUCCCUUCGGAGUCGAUCGUCGAUGGCGAUCUUUAUUCAGGACCGGCUGAGCGUGGCGUUAUUUUCUUACAUUAACACAAACAAAAAAACAUUGUACAUAUUACUCAAGGAAUAUUUCAUGAAAAGAAGACGGACUUACUUUUUCCUAUGUACACGACAGUUAAGGUUGGAAACUUUUAUAACAUUUCAUCUCGCCAUCGUCACUUAAAAUACAUGAGAACAAAGAAAAAAAAAGAGAAAAGUAUGCCGACUGAUAAUAAUCGUGCAUACGGAUAUAUGGCAGUCAAUAGCAAUAUGUGUAUGUAAAGGUGUUCAAUGAAAAAAAGGAGUAACAUUAGAACGUGCUUGAGAUCGCGAAAAUCAUCAUCUCCACGUCAAGUACUGAAUAUACGGUGCGUCAGUAUUUGUCCUUAUUGAAUCCUAUGGAUUUUCGCAUCAUCGCAAAUACACGUCGAGAAAAGAGAUUUUACUUUAUAUUACUCGUAAUACCUUUUGCAAUGAUUUAAGGGUGCAUUUCAAGCACGAGAAAUCUUCCUUCACUUUUUAAUACCUCUUCGCCGUCAUAAUAAUGAUACUUUUAAGCAGAACGUACAUAAUAACUGUAUAUACAAAGGGAAUGCGAUCACUGAUAAUAGAACAGGAAUUGUAUCAUAUUCUUAAGAGGACGAGGAGAGAGCAAUUCAAAGCGGUACUUCCCUGAUGUUACGAGGAUAAUUAUGAAAUAAAAGCUAGUGACUUUGACUCAGUAUAGCAUUCUUCAUUAGAAACUUUCAGUUUCACAGUAGAGACAACAAUAGCGAUUAAAAAUAAUAUUCGUAAUGCGUAUCACUCAAGACAUUUCCUCAAGGCAUCACGCAAUAAUGUCUGCAUACGUGAAAUCCUGAUAGCACAUUACUGUAUAUGGAUACUCCUUGUCUUGUUGACAUAGACUUGUACACACUGGUAGAUCGUAACAGUAAACAUUCAAAAAUAUGAAAAACAGGAAAUUUAAAUGAUACAAUACGUGCACAGAGAAAAAUGGUACUUUUUGUAAAGUUUUAUUUUAUAACUAUAAUUGUAGUUAUAAAGAAAAUCCAUAACUACUUUUUAGCACUUUUAAGAUCACUUAUUUUUUUUCUAAUUGGAUUAAUAUGCGUUGAUACAGAUACGACGUUGGAUAAGCGUGGAAUGUUGUGACAGAUCUGACCACUCGUAAUAUUAUGAUGGUUGUUAAUAAAGGUUCAUUGAUCUUCUCUUAUAUAACAUUGGAAAUAGGAGAAGAUCAUAGACCCUUACAUGAAAAGAUUUAUGUAUAAAUAGAUUAAUGUACAGAGUAAUAUAGUGAUUAAACAAACCAAUUAAAGCGAUAUAAUUAAAAAAAAACCAGAUAAUUGAUAUUGUAUCAAUAUUCUAUUAUUGUAUCUAACGUACAACGUAAUGAAAUAAAUAUUAUUAUAUUUUCAA